ACAAAUUGAGUGAGAGACUGGACCGGACGAUCCGCUGACGAAAGAACUCGAAUCCAUGUGGAAAUAUCCUACGAUUUCCUCAAAAGAUUUCCACGUUUUUCUUAUUGAUAUAACUAGUAUACGCCGAUAAAAUCGUUUCAGCCCUUACAUAAGUACCUUAUUGCUUAAAACUCGUGCCGGAAGGCGAAAAUUUAAAUGACAUUGCAUCGAAACUUUGUCGUUUUUGAAAGUGAUCCAAGCAAGAGACGAAGGAUAGAGAUUUCAUUCAGUGAACGGAAACGAAGGAAAAACUCUAUAUUAUUAUCAGCUAUCAAUAGAAAUGGGAAAACCCAAGAAAGGAAAGAAGAAAGCCAACGAUGACUGGGAAGACGAUGUCUUAAAUGAUCUCGAAGCACUAAAAGAACCAGAUGAAUCAAAGACAACCCAGUCUGCCGCUCCCCCUACAGCAAGCAGGUUCCAGGCAUUAGACAUUGAGGAACCGGCAGAGGAAGCAAAUGAUGACGACAACGAUGACUUUGCUUUGUCAGCAUCAUCUGGAAAGAACAAGAAAAAAGAUAAAAAAGACAAAAAACAGAAGAAUAAGAUAGAUGACGACAAAGAGGACAAAUUAACCAACACAUCAACACCCAGUGAAAAUGUGAGCCCAGAUAAACUACCCUCUGAUCAUGGAAAUAAUUUAGAUCAGGGUGAUGAUGACUUUGAUACUAAUGUAUAUUCAAAAAAAAGCAAAAAAGGGAAAAAGGGAAAGAAAACAGACAUUGCUGAUUUAGCUGUUGCUGGUGAUGAACUAGCAGAACCUUCUAUAUUGGAACCCCAGAAAGCUUCGAAGAAAGAGAAAAGCUUAGAUGCUGAUGGUGUAGGUGAUGACGAGGAGGACGAUGGUCCUGUUAUAAAAACAGCUGCUCAGAAAAAAGCUGAGAAAAAGGAAAGAGAAAAGAAAAAGAAAGCUCAAGAGAAGGAGCGCCAGAAGGCUAAGGCUGCGGCAAAGAAAGAAGAAAAGCCAGAGCAGGAGGGGAAUACUGAAGCUGAGAACGAAGUUAAGAAAGCUCCCGAGGUGACAACACAAGAAGCAGACACGCCCGGAUCUGAACCUCCUGCUGAAGAGCCUGCUAAACCAGACAGCGCUGCAGAGCAGGAGGAGGGCAAAGAGGGGGACGAAGACGAGGAUGGGGAGGGUGGCGAUAAGAAAAAGAAGAAGAAAAAGAAGAAGAAGAAAGGUGUGGAAGAGGAGGAGAAAAAAGUCAAAAAGCCUAAUAAGGCCCUCGUAAAACAGAUGCAGCAACAACUAGAGCAACUCAAACUUGAGGAAGAACGGCAAAGACAGGCCGAAGAGGAGAAGAUUCGACAGCGGGAAGAAGCAGAGGCCAGGAGGCUAGAAAAGCUUCGUCUGGAACAAGAGAGAAAGGACAAGAAAAAACAAAAGGAAAAGGACAGGAAAGCCAGACUAAAACAAGAGGGGAAGCUCCUUAGUAAGGCUGAAAAAGAGAAGAAAGCCAAACAACAAGCUAUGCUGGAGGCUAUGAAGCAACAAGGCAUUGAGAUUCCCGCUCUAAUGAAGGCUGAGGAACAGGACACUGUUAAGAAGCCAGUGCGAUAUGGCGCAAGAAAAAAGAAGCCACAGCAGCAUCAGCAGCAGGAGUCUGAUAAACAGGAAGAUACUGAAAUGAAAACAGAUCAAGAAGGAUCAGAUUCAGAGAGGGCGACAGAGACAGCACCUGAUGAAAGUGAAAAAGAGACCGAGACAGACGACACUAAAGAGACAGACGACACUAAAGAGACAGAGGACACUAAAGAGACAGAGGACAUUAAAGCGAAUGAGAUCAAAGAUGCCUGGGAUAUAGAAUCUGAUCAUGAACAAGAAACUCCUGCUGCUGAUGAGAAAGUUACACAUACUAUAAAAGAGCGUAAUAAGUCUGAAAGUAGCAGUGUUGGUAAUGAGGAGGAGGAGAGCAGUGAGGAUGAUGAUGAUGAAGACGAUGAUGAAGAGGAUGAUGACGGAAAUGAAUCAUCUUCAGAGGAAUCCUCAGAUGAUGAACCAGAAACAGUGGCAGAAAGAAUCAAUAAAAGAAGAGUCCAGGCUGAGUUGAAGCGUAGUACAGAUCACCUUAGGUCGCCCGUGAUUUGUGUGCUCGGCCAUGUUGACACUGGCAAGACCAAGAUCUUAGACAAGAUUCGGCACACCCAUGUCCAGGAUGGUGAGGCUGGUGGAAUCACACAGCAGAUUGGUGCGACCAUGGUACCACUGAACGCCAUCCGCAUACAGACUAAGAUGGUUAAAGAGUUCCAGGAGUUUGAUAUCAAGAUUCCUGGUCUUCUAAUUAUUGACACACCGGGCCAUGAGUCAUUCAGUAACCUCCGUUCCCGUGGCUCGUCCCUUUGUGACAUGGCAAUUUUGGUUGUGGACAUUAUGCAUGGCCUGGAGCCGCAGACCAUAGAAUCUAUUAACUUGUUAAAGAAGAGGAAGACCCCAUUUGUGGUGGCUCUAAACAAGGUUGACAGAUUAUUUGAAUGGAAGCGGGGCCCUGACUCUAGCAUAAGCAACACCAUCAAGAAACAAAAGCGUAACACCAAGCAGGAGUUUGAGGAGCGGGUCGCCAUAGCAACUAGAGAGUUUGCUGAACAGGGGCUGAACGGCUGCUUAUACUACGAUAACAAGGACCCUCGCUCAUACGUGUCGCUAAUUCCAACCUCUGCGCACUCCGGCGAUGGCAUGGGGGACCUCAUCUCGCAGAUAGUGAUUUUGACCCAAACAAGGCUUGCACAGAGGCUCUCGUACUCAGAGGAACUCGAGGGCAUGAUCCUAGAAGUCAAGGCCCUUCCUGGACUUGGUACCACUAUUGAUGUCAUUCUGGUCAAUGGUACCUUGCACGAGGGUGACACCAUCAUUGUACCUGGCAUUGAUGGUCCGAUAGUCACCCAGAUCCGUGCCCUUUUGACCCCUCAGCCACUCAAAGAGCUGAGAAUCAAGAGUCAGUACAUCAACCACAAGGAGAUCAAAGGUGCGCAGGGCGUCAAGAUAGCCGCAAAAGAUCUGGAAAAAGCGUUGGCUGGGAUACCUUUGCUGGUGGCGCAGAGGGAGGACGAGGUCGAGCAUUGUAAGGCUCAAGUGAGCAAGUUCCUGGCAGAUGUGCUCAAGUCAAUCCACUUGUCCGAUCGCGGCGUAUAUGUGCAAGCCUCUACUCUCGGAUCCCUAGAAGCGCUCCUCGAGUUUCUCAAGGUCUCCAAGAUUCCCUACGCAGGUGUGAAUAUCGGUCCUGUUCACAAGAAGGACGUGAUGAAGUGUUCCAUCAUGUUAGAGCACGACGUGCAGUACGCCGUCAUCCUAGCGUUUGAUGUGAAAAUCGAGCGAGAGGCACAAGAGCUUGCUGACAACCUGGGUGUCACCAUCUUCUCUGCGGAUAUCAUCUAUCACUUGUUUGACAAGUUCACCAAUUACAGAGAGGAACAAAAGCGCAAGAAGCGCGAGGAGUUCCGUAGUGUGGCCGUGUUUCCCUGCAAGCUGCGGAUUCUACCGCAGCACGUGUACAACACGCGGAGUCCUAUCGUCGUGGGCGUGUCGAUAGAGAGUGGGGUGCUGAAGGAAGGAACACCUGUCUGUGUGCCAAGUAAAAAUUUCAUUGAUAUCGGCGUUGUCACCGGAAUAGAAGCAAAUCACAAGUCCCUAGAGGAAGCUCGCAAGGGCAUGGAGGUGUGCAUAAAGAUCGAAUCGACAGGAGACGCGCCAAAGCUCUACGGACGCCACUUCGACUACACAGAUCUUAUCGUCAGCAAAAUCAGCCGCACGUCAAUCGAUGCCGUCAAGGAUUACUUUAGAGAGGACUUACAAAAGAGUGACUGGCAACUAAUGAUCGAACUUAAGAAACUCUUCCAGAUUAUGUGAACCAGUGUGCUGAUAUCACCGUACCGAUUGGGGGCCCUGUUGCAGAUCACCCAUAUUUGGGGGUAGUAGUGAUUCUCCCCGGGUUUAUACUUAAGAGACUAAAGUUUAAGUUGGGUUAAGGUUUUGGAUGUGGGUUAACAGGCCAUCCAAGUCUAAUACCAGAAACAAUGGACCACUUUCACAACUCGUUCCGUUGUACUCGAUCGGCAGGUUCACUGCAUGCGGGAUACAGUUAUGUGAACAUUCGGUGCCAUACGGAACGUGCCUUGUUUUGUGUUAUUCAUCUUAUAAAACUUGGGUAUAACUUGGUGUGUAAACACAUCCAAGAUUUUCGUUUUCUAGCGAUGGUGCUGAGUGUAAAAUUGUCGUUCUUGUCUUUCGUCAGCAAUCACUAAAUGAAAUAAACUGUAAACCUGCUGAAA